CGCGCCUCAGCAGCUGUUGAAGCGAAGGCGCCCCGCCGCACAGCCUUUGCGCUGGGCCCUCCACUCGCUCCCUCUGCGCUUCCUCGCUUCGCUGGCACCAUGGCUGAUCAGCUGACCGAAGAACAGAUUGCUGAAUUCAAGGAAGCUUUCUCCUUAUUUGAUAAAGAUGGCGACGGCACCAUCACCACAAAGGAAAUAGGAACUGUCAUGAGAUCACUGGGUCAAAACCCAACCGAAGCUGAACUGCAGGCUAUGAUCAGCGAAGCGGAUGCUGACGGUAAUGGCACCAUUGACUUCCCGGAAUUUUUGACUAUGAUGGCUAGAAAAAUGAAAGACACAGAUAGCGAGGAAGAAAUCCGCGAGGCAUUCCGAGUCUUUGACAAGGAUGGAAAUGGUUACAUCAGUGCAGCGGAACUGCGUCAUGUCAUGACAAACUUAGGAGAAAAACUAACAGACGAAGAAGUAGAUGAAAUGAUCAGAGAAGCAGAUAUUAAUGGAGAUGGACAAGUCAACUAUGAAGAAUUCAUACAGAUGAUGGUUGCGAAAUGAAGACCUACUUUCAGCUACAUCCCCCACCAAGAGUCAAAUUGAGUCUUUUACUUACCUCUUUCAAAAAAAGAAAAAAAAAAAAGAAAAAAGUUCAUUUAUUCAUUGUUUCUAUAUAGCAAAACUGAAUGUCAGAAGUACCUUCUGUCCACACAAAAUCUGCAUUUGGUCUUGUUCACUAAAGCUACGUAUCAGUUUUACAGUAUAAGUAAUUGAACUACCUUAAUGAUAAGCACUUAGUAGACUCCAUAAAGUUCCAUUUGCUGUUCAGGCUGGCCAGUUUUUCAUGCAUGCAGUUUUAUUAUUGAGCACAGCCAAGCAUUUUGUAUUAAAAUCAAAAAAUGAAAAACAGAAUUCAAAACCUAAAAAAAAAAUUCACGGGGGUAAAAUCACUGACAGCUGUGUCACCAGUGCACCCGGAGCAGACUACUUGGAGAGGAAGAGCUCGUUCAAGGACAGCUGUGCUGCUGGACACCAGAGACGGGGCCAGUCAGGAAACAGAUUCUUGAGAAAUUCAAGCCAGGACUGGGGGUUUGUAGAGUCAUCACAAUAUUCCAGAAAAAUAUAUGACCAUAUUUGAAUAAAUGUAAGUUUUUGUACAUGAACAAA